AUGGCGAUUCUCAAAUUAUUGAGUGAGGAAAUAUUCGAUUAUUCAGCAGAACAAAUGACACAACUUAAAACAAAGAACCUGAAAACGCAAAUGUGUCACGAAUUCUCCAAGAUAUUUGAAUUGUGCAAUGAAGUCCUAGAAAAAGCUCAUCAACCUAGUUUAAUCAAAGCGACGUUAGAAACUCUUUUGAGAUUUUUAAAUUGGAUUCCCUUGGGGUACAUCUUUGAGACGAAUGUCAUCGAAAAUUUAAGGAAUAGGUUCCUAGAAUCGCCAGAUUAUAGAAAUGUAACGUUGAAGUGUCUUACGGAGAUUGGAGCAUUGAGUGUGAGUCACGAUUAUGAUGAGAAGUUUAUUGCUCUUUUCAACAUGGUCGUAGCGUCUCUCACAUCGAUGAUACCUCUCUCGGCAGAUAUCGCUUCAAUUUACAAUAACAGCUCUAAUGACGAGCAAGAAUUUAUUCAAAAUCUGGCAUUAUUUCUGACAAGUUUUUUGGGCGCUCACCUUAAGAUAAUGGAAGCACAACCAGACAAUAGUGGUCUUUUGACUGCUCAUUAUUAUCUCCUCAGAAUUUCACAAGUUGAAGAGCGUGAAAUAUUUAAAGUAUGCUUGGAAUAUUGGACCAAACUGGUUGCAGAAUUGUACGAAGAGAUACAACAAAUUCCCGUUCUUGAGAUGCCCACUCUUUCUUUAACCGGCGCCGUAUCAUCACCUUCCGCUCUUGCUAAUAUUCCAUUAAGAAAGAAUAUGUAUUCAGACAUACUGUCAAAUUUGAGGGUUAUUAUGAUCGACCGUAUGGUAAAACCAGAAGAGUGGGACAGCACGUUGGCACAAGUGACCCAGAGCUUGGAUGCUCUCAAUGUUACUGAAAACACAAAGCUUCUUGGUCACGUUCUCCGAACAAACGUGGCCGCUUGUAAUGCUGUUGGUAGUGGGUUUUCUGUUCAGAUCGCUCGUAUUUACGUAGCAUUAUUGGAGUUAUAUAAAGCAGUCAGUCAACUUAUAUCGGAUAGCGUCGCUCGAGAUGCUGUUCUCAUUGAUUAUAAUACUAAUGUGGAACAAGCGAGGGAUGCAGAGGUGCUGAGUUCGAUGGCCUCUAUAAUCUCAAAAUUAGGGGCUGGGAUUACGAAAGAAGUUCCAGCAAUUCUUAAUGCUGUUUUUGAAUGUACUCUAAAUAUGAUUAACAAAGACUUUUCUGAAUACCCUGAGCAUCGUGUUGGAUUCUUUAAAUUGCUUCGGGCCAUUAAUCAGCACUGUUUUCCUGCUUUACUAACUUUACCACCGGCACAGUUUAAGCUCAUUAUGGACAGCAUUGUUUGGGCCUUCAAACAUACAAUGCGUGAUAUUGCUGAAACAGGACUUAAUAUCUGCUUAGAAUUAUUGAAUAACAUAUCAUUACAAGAUACAACAACUGCAAAUUUGUUUUAUCAGCAAUAUUUCCUUAACCUUCUGCAAGACGUAUUCUUCGUAUUGACUGACACAGAUCAUAAAAGUGGUUUAUUUGAAUUGAACCAAGAUUUUAACAGAUUUAAACUGCAUUUAAGAGACUUCCUUAUUCAACUGAAGGAAUUUUCCGGUGACAACGCUGAUUUAUAUCUUGAAGAGCGGGAAGCUGAGGCUGAACUUCGAAAGAAGACCGAAAUGGAAAACGCACUAAAGAUUCCAGGACUCGUGAAGCCCUCUGAUUUACCAAUGGAUGAAGAAGAAUAG